AAAUAAUUUAAAAUUAAAUAAAAAAAAAUAAGGUAAAAAAUAUCCACUGAAAGAAAAAUAAAAAUAAUAAAUAAAUAAAUAAAUAAUUGAAAUAAAAAAAAAACCCUAAUAUCAAAUCAAACUAUUAGUUUUUAUUUCAUUCAUCUUCAUCAAGCUUUUUUAAACCAUUUUGAUCAAGAUAGAUAGAUAGAUAAACCUCAUAAUCGAAAUCAGAAUUAGAAUUAGAUUUACAUAACUAUCAUCAUGUAUCUUCCAUAUCCUUCUUAUGGCAAUAAUGGUAAUGCCAGUAAUGGUAAUGCUAAUAAUCAACAAAAUAAUACCGGUAGUCAGAAUUCUGUUACAGGCCAAUCUAAUACCAAAACAAUUCAUCCAACUCAUGCUCAAUUCCAAUCUACUCAACCUGGAAGCUUUUAUGCUGGUCGUACUUCUCAAAGUCCAGUUCCUCCUUUAGGUGGGGUUAGUCAUCGUGGAGUUUUAUCAACAGUUAAUUCAACUUCUUUGUCUUUACCUCAUCCAAAUGCUGUACCAUUUCAACAACAACAGUUACAAAAUCAACAAUCUAAUCAACAACAACAGCAACAACAACAAUACUUGGCUCCAAGUCAAUUCCAACAACAAGUAUCUCCACAAAAUCAACAUCAACAAAUGUAUCAACAACAACAAUCUCCAAAACAAAAACAACAAUAUGAUCAAAACGCAGUUUAUGCUCAACAACAAUAUACUCAACAACAAUACAAUCAACAACAAAAUAACCAACAACAACAACAGCAACAACAACAAGGUCAACAACCUCAAGGUAAAGAAAAGAAACCAAAACAAAAGAGAAUUACUAAGAAACAAUUACUUCAACAACAACAAGCUCUUGAAGAAGAAAGAAGAAGACAAGAACAACUUAGACUUGAAUUAGAAGCUCAAGCAAGAGCUCAGGCUCAAGCCCAAGCUCAAGCUCAAGUACAAGCACUUCAAGUUAUGCAAAAUCAAAAUGGUGAAAAGAAAAGAAGAGGACGUCCAAAGAAAUUAAUUCUUGAUCCAGAGACAAAUCAAUAUAUUGAUUCACAUCAUCCUCGUUUUAAACAAUUAAAUAAAAAUUUAAAAAUUACUACUGCUGAACUUGCUCAAUCGAGUGCUUUAACUGAUCAUCAUUAUUCUAUUGGUACUAAUCAAACUACCAUUAAUCCAUCCGCAACUACUACUACUGCUCCAAUUCAAGUAUCUUUACCAAUCCAAGGUAUUUCAAAUGGUAAACCUCCUAAACCUGAAAAGGAAUUAACUCCAGAUUUAAGUAGAUUAUUUGAACAACCAACUUAUUUAAGAACUUUAAGUGAUCCAUCAGUUCAAAAUUUAAUUCAAAAGAAAGAUAGAAGAGGUAGACCAAGAAAAUUCCCGGUUGAACAAACUGGGGUUACUAUUAAAGGUAUUAGAGUUAAUGGUAGUAUCAAAACUACAAAGGUUCAAAAGAAGUAAUUUAAUUUAAUUUAAUUUUGUUUCUGAUUUUCCCUUUGCCAUUCUCAUUCUUUCAUCAGACUUAUAUUCAUGUUUUGAUUUAUUAGUUAAUAUUUUUGGUUUUAUUUCGUUAAGACAGACUUUGCUCAUACAUUCCUCGUUUGUUUGUCGUUGCUAUUCGCCAUUUUAAUCAUCCUCCAUUUUGUUUCUAUUUUUAUUUUGUUAUCCCUUAUGGUUAUUUUGUUUCUAGUAGUUGCUUCCAUCAUGCAUUAUUAGUGAUAAUUUUAUAUUCCUUCCCCCUUUCUAAGUGUUAUUAUUAAUCUCUACAUCCUAUUAUUAUUACUAUUAUUAUUAUCAUUAUUAUUAUUAUUGUUUUUAUUUUUUACUACUCAUUAUGUUUAGCUUUCUUUCUUUCUUACAUAAUUUAUC